AUGGCCCACAGGAUUUCGAGGGCUCAUUCGAUGUGUUCUCGCUUUUCAGGCAAUUGUCAGGAAAAUCUCAUGAUUAUCCUGCGAGACAAGGAGGAGUUCUAUCGUGGCCGGUCGGAAUAUGGCUCCUGGCAGUGCCAUCUCAUCAAACUCACCGACGAGGGUGGCACUUUCGGUCUUUGUCGUCGUGCAUGA